CCUGUCAGAGUAUUGCUGCUACCAUCUACAGUAGCUGUCCACCCGCGCCAUCAUGAAACUUGUGUCCACAUUUGUGUGCGUCACCUCCGUUGCGAUGACAUUGUCAUCUCUCGCCACAAAUGCUCAGGAUGGUUCCAGUAACUCCAACAUCUCGGUAAGCGACCUCGUACCGAGUACUCUCUCUAGCGAUGCGAUCGCGACCUCGUUGAAGACCGGCACCACUACAGUCCCUAAAGGCACGAAGACGUAUGUCGCCAGUCUGCGUUCCAACGCAACCAACGACAACUCUGCUGCUGCCAUCCUCAUCUCUCCAACUCACCUCUUAACGGGAGGGUCCACAAUUGGCACUGACAUUCGAUAUGCUUCAAUCGGCUCGCACUACAACAAUGGAACGGAAGACGGUGAGCUGAUCAAAGUCGUAGCCAUUCUGAGCCACCCCAACAUAACAGAUUAUGAAGAAUACUCGUACGACUACGUUGUCCUGCAACUGGAAAAGCCAAGCUCUUUCAAACCGAUCCCGCUGGCCGCUCCUGACGGCUCAGAUAUCAAGUACGAUGAGACUUACACCCAUUUGGGCUGGUACACCACCACAGGAGAAGGAUCACGUACGAAGGCUCAUGAGCUUCAGCGCGCUGACGUUCAAUUGAUGAGCAACGAGGAAUGCUCCAAGAUGACGACUGUGGACGAUACCAGGGUGUGUUCGCGUCCAAUUGGUAAGCAGAAUUCCUGCAUUGGCGGGUAUGGCGGUCCACUGAUCGCUGAGCGCCCGGAUGGCGACGUUCUGGUUGGUAUGGUCAGCUGGGGAAGCGACUGCAGGAAGCCCGGAUACCCUAGCUACUACUCGCGAAUUCCUGUUGGGCAUGACUGGAUCCAAUCGAUCAUCAGUGGUCAGUGCUUCCACUAAGCUGAGCUCUCGAAUGUGCUUCUUUAGUACAGUUUAAAGACACUAUAAAACUAUGCUCGUCCACUGUAAAAAGUGUAGUGUCGGGUAAACUCCGCAAGAGUCUGACGAUUGUGUUGACAUGUGAGAUCUUUAGGCGCUAGUUCACGGUGUCUAUUGACGGGGUAUAUUCUUACCCUGUCCCAUAAUUAAUUUCAUAG